AUGGCUCCAAGAACUGGACAGACGUUGGCCAUCAUAGGAUGUGGGACAAUGGGGUCUGCGAUUCUUGCUGGCGUUAUGGAAUCAUGCGUGCUGUCAAAAGCUGCUGGUGAAGAACCUAGGAUAUCAAAAUUCAUUGCCACUGUCAAUAGCCGAGGAUCCGCUGAUGCUUUGCGGCAAAGAUUUGCGAAGUAUAAAGGAUGGUUACAAGUGCUUGAAAAAGAUAAUAUCUCAGGCAUGAAAGAAGCCGAUAUCGUCAUGUUGGCUUGUAAGCCAUAUAUGGCGGAAACAGUACUGAGUCAAGACGGAGUCUUUGAAUUAUUAAAGGGCAAGCUUGUAAUCAGUGUUCUUGUUGGGUCACCAGUCGAAAAAUUGGAAAAGAUAAUUUACGGCAAAAACUCACCCCCUACCGAGAAAGAGAUUUUUCUCAAGAGAGUCAUGUUGAACAUUGCUGCUGAGUAUGGAGAGUCAAUGUCCGUAAUUGAGGAAACUUCAUUUUCCGAAGAGAUGGAAGAGGUAUCCGACUGGAUGUUUUUGCAAGUUGGGAAAAUUGCUCCAGUUGCUCCAAAUCUCUUCGACAUUGGUGGUCUCAUCGCUGGAGCCUCGAGUGCAUAUCUGUCCUUGGCUUUUGACGGAAUUUUGGACGGAGCUGUAAGCGAAGGACUGAAGAGAGCUGAUGCAAAGAAAAUGCUGACGCAGUCGUUGAUAUCCUUGGCGAAAUUGUUGGAGAAUGGUGAACACCCCGCUGUGCUAAGAGAGAAAUAUUCCAGUCCGAAAGGAACCACGAUAGCCGGGCUACUAUCACUUGAGGAGGACAGAGUUCGCUACGCCUUCAGCAAAGCUAUUAUCACAGGCUCGAAACGAAGUCAAGCCAUCGGGCAGUAA